AUGCUCUCAUCAUUCACUACAAAACUCGCCCUCAAAAAGGCCGGUAUACCAAGCGAUAUACUCUCCUUUCCCACAGAGAAGCGCGAGCCAAACAAACUUCGCAAAAAUCCUCCCAAUCCUUCCGACAGUGAUGCAGACUCUAGCUGGUCUUCAUGGAUGUCGGUUCGCUCUCUGCCUCUUACUGUACAGCCGUGGCUAACGCCGCCUCCUGCUGCUGUUUCUGUCGGACGCGUACCUGGUAUCGGAGAUAAAGCUCCAGUGGAUAAGACGCAGAAGUUGAGACUGGGAAGGAGAACUCUGGUUGUAUUUUUACGCUGUGUUGGUUGUGCAUGUAAGUCAUUCCCUUUUUUACAUGAUGGAAUAAUGUCUAACAGAGAAAUAGUUGCGCAAAAAACUUUUAUAAAUCUUCGUACCAUGGCGAAUCGCUAUGGGGAUGCACUAACAUGUAUAGCUGUCUCGCACGCCUCAGAGCAAGCGACAAAGAAAUGGGUAGAUCUCCUCGGCGGCGCAUGGAGCGUGCGCGUGAUAGUCGAUGAAGAUCGAGCUCUGUAUGCAGCAUGGGGUUUAGGCACGAGUAGCAUGUGGUACGUUCUCAAUCCAUCGACACAAGUGCAGAGCUGGAAAGAGACGGGGUGGCUAGGUGAAAAGGUAGCGGGUGCGAUACAGGGUAAGACAACCCCAAAGCCAAAGCCAAAGACUACUGUUCAGGCUGUUGGGAAUGAAGAGGAAGAAGAGGAUGAGGGUCCUCUGACGACCAUGGGGAAUAAGUGGCAGGAAGCUGGGGCUUUUGCUGUGGAUGGGACAGGGACUGUUAUUUGGGGCGGGAAAGCUGCGAGGGCGGAUGAUGUUAUGGAACUUGAAGAUGGGGCGAGGAUUUUAUUAGCGUAG